AUGAAGUCCAACUUCCUCGUCGCAUUCUUCAGCUUGGCUCUGGCCGCUGUUGCUGCUCCUACCGGUCCUGGUGGACUUGGUCUUGGCGGCGCUGGUAGUGGUUCCUUGGGCGGCGGUGGCGGCGGCGGCGGUUCAAUCGGGUCAGGCCUCGGUGGAGGCUUUGGCGGUGGUUUCGGUGCUGGUUCUGGUCUUGGAGCUGGUCUUGGUGCCGGUGCUGGCGAUGGGUUCUAA